UCUGCUGCGCCGCUUAGUAAGAAGAGUCCUGCCGCUGGGGGUGGUAUGUAAACAAAGUCAAUACCUAGCUAAGCUAGUUCAAACAUAUGAAUUCAGGGUGAAAUCGACAAAAUGGGGAAGCGAGACAACAGAGUGGCUUACUUGAACCCAAUAGCUGCUGCCCGUGCUCGAGGACCGGCGCCUUCUUCAGGGCCAUCUAUACAGGAUUAUCUGAGCAGACCUAGGCCCACAUGGGAGGAAGUGAAGCAGCAACUGGAGAAGAAGAAGAAGGGCUCCAGGGCUUUGGCCGAGUUUGAGGAGAAAAUGAACGAGAAAUGGAAGAAGGAGUUGGAGAAGAACAGAGAGAAGCUACUCGGUGGGGGCGACAGCAAAAAAGAGAAAGAGAAGGAGAAAGAAAAGAAAGAAAAAAAGCGGAAAGACAAGAAGAAGUCCAGCAGGCAUUCUUCGUCUUCCUCCUCUUCAUCAAGUUCUGAUUCUUCUAGCAGCUCCUCAGAGUCCGAUGAUGAGGAUGAAAAGAAGAGCGUUAAGAAGAAGCGAAAGAGGAAGCGCUCUUCCGUGCGGAAAGCAUCGGAUGACUCCCUCUCAGAAUCCGAGUCUGAUGGCGAGGAGUCAUCCAAAAAGAAAAAGAAGAAACUCAGGGAAGACGUAGAGAAAGAAAAGGAUGACAAGGGCAGUCGGAAGAAGAAGAAGGCUGAGCGCACUCACAAAGGCUCGUCCUCAGAAUCCUCGGGCGACACAGAACCGGAUGAGGAUGACAAAUCAAAGAAGAAGAGGAAAAAGAAGCACAAGAAACAUGGCAGGAAGAAGAAGAAGGCCUCCGGCUCCGGCUCGGAGUUAGAGUAACACCCAUCAGCGCAAAUGGCGGGAAACGGGAGUCUUCAUUAUUAGGAGGACACUUACCAAAACUACCAAAAACAACAGAACAACACCUGCAUGACAGAAGACCUCUCCAGGCCACUGGGAGGCUUAUUCCCUGCUCAUUGAGGUUUUACCAUGGGGAAAUUUUGUCUUUCACAUAUUUGAACUGUUUUUUUUGUUUUUUUUUUUAGAGGAGAAUUUUCAAUUCAAAUAAAGGUCAAUGUUACCAUGCGACUGUCAAGAGUGGCUUGUCUGAGUAAUUAAAUGUUGAUUUUACAGGAUAACAACACUGUGUUUCUGUGGUGACCAAAAGACCAGGAGUGGGUCAUACUGUAGCAGGAAAAGAUUUACUACCACUGCUUGUCAAAGAUUGUUAAUGAUGGCCUUAGUUCUGUCUGAACUCCUCAUCUUUGACAUCAUGGCCUUUUUGCUGUUGUUAAGUCUAAAAUUAAAACCAUUUUCUCCCACUUUUGACUUGUAAUUUUACUGUUGAGUUGCUAGGGUAAGGUCAUUUUGUGACUUCAGUACGCUUGUGUCUGUAUUAUGCAUGUGACCUGAUCAUAGGACUGUUAACCAGCCUCAUAUUGAAGCUGGAAUUACAAAACUUGAUUGGUUUUCGUAGCAGGGAUACGUUUGUUCCUUUUAGAUAGAAAAUUAUUCUAUACAUACAAUGAUGGAUAAUUCUUACAUUUCACAUUCAAUAAAAGUUUAUUGUA